AUGAUACCUCCGGCUGAAUAUGUUGGAUUCACGUUUGCCAUAUUCGCCCAAAUCUCUCGCUGUCUGCUAAUACUUUAUCGAAUUGCAACCCUUGGCUCUCCGGCCUGGUAUGAAGAUCAUCUUUUGAAGACAACCAACCCCCUCACUCUCCUUAAUCGAAUUAUUAACAGCCUAGAGCAAGUUCCCAUCAUUGCCGAGCUUGACAAUCGUGAAGAUCCCGAUGGAGAUGUCUUUUCUCGAUCGGCCAAACUUCUUCGGUCCUUUCAGCCUGAAUGGGAGGCGAAACUUGGUUCCAACCAUACGAUUUCUGAUAAUAUAUCUUCUAUGCAAAACGUGGAUUGGAUGGACUUUUCGGGCGGCUUCGGCGACGAUAUUAUGUACAAUGGGUGGUUCAUGGAGCUCAUGUCUUCUACCUUUUGA